UUUUGCUCUCAAGUUUUCCUUUUCAAACAAAAAAAAUCUCAAAAUGUUGAACUUUUUCAGGAAAAGGCAGGAAUCUGCUUCCUUGGAUCCUGAAGAAAUGAGGAAAACGAAUGAGGCGGCGGUCCAAGAACUCAUGGAAAUGAACGAAAAGCUUCAGAACGUCAAGGACCGCCAGUUCCAGAAACCAGAUUGCAAAACUUUGAAGAAAGCCGAGAUGAAGUUGAGCGAAGCUUGUGAAAAACAGCGUGAGAAAUUACAUUUGGAGUUAGAUAUCUGGGAAGCAGAAGAAAAAAAACGGAUAAAUUUAGAGAGAAAGGCAUUUGAACAUUUAGAGACGACAAAAAGGAUGAAGCAGGAAUUAAUCCAGAAAGAGAUGUUAGAAUCUCAGUGCAAAGCGUCCAAAAUGGAGCAAGAAAGGCUCAUAAAACUUAACACAGCGCUGCUAAAAAACCUUAAAGUACUGAAAGACAAACUUUCAUAUCAAAAUGCACUGCAUCAUAAUCACAGACAGACUAAGAAUUCAGUCGAAACCUUGAUGAAGGUUAAAGAAAAUGUUGUGAAAGAGAUGAAGAAUCAUGAGGAUUACUGCUGGGCUUGGAAGGAGAAAAUCAGAGAAAAAGAUCCGGACUCAGCAGCCGCUUGCUGGACCUGAAGAUGUGGCCUGUGAUUCCUGCACUGGGAGGAAGCUGAAAGCCUUCAGGUCCUGUUCGUUCUGUCUGGGAGAAAAACACUCAGCUCCCUUUAAGAAACUCAAUGUGGUGGAGCUGACCACGAAGGUCCUGGAGAACGUCUGCUCUAGUCAUGAUGAGGUGAUGAAGAUGUUCUGCCGCACUGAUCAGAUAGCAGUAGCACU